ACCAUGACCCGCCUGGUGUCGAGUUCGAAAUCUAGGAAGCCUCGUCUUAUUUCAAGAUCCCAUCAGUUUCUCGCUCCUAUCUCCAUCGCCGCUGAUCGCUCAGCCCGACAAGAUACUCCUACCCAACGCGCCAAUCUCGGCGCCUCACCCAAGAACCCGACUCCGGCCCCGACCCCGACCUCGACCCCGACCCCGACCCGACCGCUUCGCGCGAGAAGCCCCGAGUCCGGCGACCUCAACGCCGACGGUGUGGCGUACCUGGGCCUUCCCCAUCACACCAUUGCCUCCUCCGGCUCGCUAUCGUUCGGCAGCGAUGGGAAACUCUGGGGCAAAGAUUGCGCAUCUCGACCAAAGCCAGCCGCGUCGAGCGGUAAAGACGGGCGGGGCAAAGGGAGUGGCGUGAAAGAAUCGAGCGAUUCGGGCGACUUUCCAGACAUCUAUCAGCUUCUCGGUACCUCUCCCCCUGCUCCGAGCCCUCGAGGUCAAUCUGGAAAAUGUGGAAGAGGCGGCGGAUCGUGCCGCACGGAAACACACCGAACCCGCGAUGGGAGCAAACAUCCUCUUUCGGCCGAAAUUCUACCCGUCAGCGAGGAGGACUCAGAUGCCAUAGCAUCGCCGUCAAGACGUGUGCACGGUCAGUUUGCCCGCGAGCGACAAUCCCAGCAGGAGACGGUGCCCAUCACUGGCACCCGACCUUCCGCAAAGAAAGCAUCAAGCACUUUGGAAAGCUCUGAUACAAGAUCGGAAGCUUCCGACACCGUUCAUCAGACUCGAUCGCUUCCACAGCUCACAGAUGGCAGGGAUGAACCGUUCAUUCCCGAGCCCCGCGACAAGUUUUUGAUGACGCCUCCUGACAAUAGCUCGAUCGCUCUCUUGGAGAUCCCCACGACUAGCACAACAGAAUCGGGUACGCACAUAGCGCCGAUACCCGUGCCUCGGGCCCUGGCAGACGUUGCUUCACCCUCACAAUGCCAAACAUGUCCUGCAAAUGCGGCUUCCAGAGGGCACGCCGUGGCGACAAGCAGCAGCUCGCAGACCACCGAGGCGACCUCCGGGGGUUCGUCCGCCGAGCGUCCCCGUAAACCCCCUUCCCAGUCGAGUCGAGUGCCGGCUCUUCUGUAUCAGCUGAGCUCGGAACCGGCGGCCCUGACCAGAUGGAAUGAGUUGAUGGACAAGCUCAUUGAGCAAAACGGUGCAAAGUUCAUGAAAGCGAUGAGCGAACGCUGGCCGAAGGAAAAAAGAAGCCAGGUCAAGUCGGAAAAGGAGCGAUUGUUACGACAACAGAAGGCCAUCAGGGAUCUCGCUGCGACGGCAGAUGAGUACAGGGCGCUUUGUAGGAAUCGUGAAGAGCUUGCCCAAACCAUUACCCAGGCCUACGUCCAAGGCCUUGACACAGAUGGGGACGAGGUUCGACUUGACGACCUCACUGAUGAAAUCCAUGCGGUGGAACAGGGCCUUGUCGAAACAAUCGAUGGUAGUGGGCUGGACGUAGCUGGCUUCCUUGAGACCUUCCGGGAACCAACCUCCGGCGCCCCUCCUGCACCAUCGGUCGUGAUGGGCGGUCAGCACAUGCUUCAGGACAGCGUCACCGUGCCCGCGCCUGUGGCGUCGAAGGAUGCCAUACCGGCAAGAGAGACGGGUGCACCAUGCCGGCCAGAGCCGGCAACGACGCCCUCGGCGGUGAACUCCAUGCUUGUGGAUGCAGGAGGGCUGGAUGCUGAUGAUGACGGCUUCUUCGAUCUGGGUGAACCUCAGCCCCAGCCGGUGUCCAAAGCUUCCGGCAACCUGGUACCGGAUAGUCAGACGAGGCCUCAGGCGAUACAUCACCUCCCCGACGGCGUUGAAUUCGGCGAAUUUAACGACGACGAGGAGAUGCUUGCUUUUGCACAAGAUUACGAGGUUCGUCAGACCCAUGCUCCCGUCUCGCAAGACUUUGUAGAAGCCUACUCGGAGUCAGAGACAUUUACCAGCGGCGGAGCUGCUGCAGAGUCUCGAGCCACGUCGGGGAAGCCACUGCCUUCGGUGGCGCCAGGAUCAAUCCCUGCUGAGCUGAUGAAUCACCCAUGGUCACCUGAAGUCCGAAGGAUGCUCAAAGACCGGUUCGGAAUGGAAGAGUUCCGUCAUAACCAGCUUGAGGCGAUCAAUGCCACAUUGGGGGGUAAAGAUGCCUUCGUGCUGAUGCCAACGGGUGGCGGCAAGUCCCUGUGCUAUCAAUUACCGGCUGUUGUCAAGACUGGCAAGACUCAGGGUGUCACCAUAGUGGUGUCGCCGCUGCUCAGCUUGAUGCAGGAUCAGGUCGACCACAUGAAAAGGCUGGGCAUUCAGGCUGUCGCGUUCCAUGGCGAGUGCUCUGCCGAAUACAAGAGGCAAGUGAUGGCUGCGUUCGAGGAGGGAAUCCCGGAGCAUCAUGUUGAGCUCCUGUAUGUUACGCCCGAGAUGGUCGGCAAGAGCACUGCUUUCAACAAUGGGAUGCAAACUCUGCAUGGCAGAGGCAAGCUUGCGCGCAUCGUCAUUGAUGAGGCCCACUGCAUCAGUCAAUGGGGCCACGAUUUCCGACCAGACUACAAGGCUCUGGGCCAGGUCCGCCAGAGAUACCCUGGCGUGCCGGUCAUGGCUCUCACAGCGACGGCAACACAGAAUGUCAUCGCCGACAUUAGGCACAAUCUCGGGAUGGACAGGUGCCAAACGUUUUCGCAGAGCUUCAAUCGCCCAAACCUGUAUUACGAAGUUCGCCCAAAGACGACAAACAAUAAGACGAUAGACAGCAUUGCCUCGCUGAUCAGACUGCAAUACCGGAAUCAGAGCGGGAUUGUUUACACCAUCUCUCGGAAGAAUGCGGAGAAGGUUGCGGAGAGCCUGACGAAACAGGGGAUAAUGGCCAGGCAUUACCAUGCACACGUGGACCCUCGGGAAAAGGUAGAGGUGCAGGAUGGCUGGCAAAGGGGUCAGGUCAAGGUUGUCGUUGCUACUGUUGCGUUCGGUAUGGGCAUAGACAAGCCAGAUGUGAGAUUCGUCAUGCAUCAUGGACUUCCAAAGAGCUUGGAAGGAUACUACCAGGAGACUGGUCGCGCAGGUCGAGACGGCAACCCGUCGGACUGCAUUCUCUUCUACGGCAAGGGGGAUAUAAGGGUUCUGAAGAAGCUGAUCGCCGACGGCGAAGGGAGCGAGGAACAGAAGGAGCGGCAGAUGUCUAUGCUGAACCGUGUCACAACAUUCUGCGACAACAGGUCUGAUUGCCGGCGCGCUGAAAUUCUUCGGUAUUUCGGCGAGGAAUUCACCGCAGGACAGUGUCGCAAGACGUGUGACAACUGCAAGGCGGGCUUGAUCUUUGAGCAGCAGGACUUUUCCGAGCACGCGAUUGCUGCCAUCCGCGUCGUCCAGGCACAGGGCCGGAUUACAGCGGUGCAAUGCGCCGACAUCCUGAUGGGGAAGAAGUAUCCGCCCUAUGCGGCUCAUCUCUCGGACAACUGGUAUGGCAUGGCAAGGAGCCUUAAGAAGCAUGAGCUCAUCCGAGUUAUCGACAAACUGUCCGCCGAGAAGGUAUUCGAUGAGAACAACCACGUUGGGAAUCACGGCAUGGCAAUCCAGUACCUGAAACUCGGAGCGACACACCGCCUGUUUCUCUCAGGACAGCGGAAGCUGAUGUUGUCGAUUCAAGUAUCGGAAGACGGGGCGACUGGCAGCAGGCUAGUCAAAUGGCCGAGGAUGUCCGACGGGAGCUGUGAAGGUAACGUGCAAUGUUCGGGGAGUAAGAAACGGAUCGGCAAGAACUGGACGGGUGGAGUGGCAAAGCGGAAGUGUACUGACUCCGGCCGCAAGGCUGGCAGCUCUUCGACGGCAGCCAAGACGAUCAGCAGCGUGACAAACGGGAAGAUGCAGCGAAAGAGCGGCAUCAAGGUGAUGCCAUUGUAGGUCAAGAGCCCGAGACUUUACUCUGAAGCUCAGGCUUGGCCAAGGGUACUCGCUUAUUGGGGGGGCCCUUCCGUCCGGCGAUGACUAUCUGGAAGAGUCACUGAUUAGGAAAAGGGGCUCUUGGUUAGGAAAGCGGAGGUAGUUGCCAAUUUACCCAAUUUAGUAUC